CACACGACAACACUGAAUCAGUGAAUUUAAAAUAAAGGUGAAAUUAAUAAAAAUCAACAUCAACAAUAUUAUUAUUAUUAUAUUAAAAAUAAAUUAACAAAACAAAAAUGAAGACUUCAUCGUGUGGAAUAUAUUUAGUGCUAGCACUAAGUUUAACAUUAUGUACAUUCGUACAAUCAAGGCCGGCACCAGAAGAAGACUACGAUUAUAAAGAAGAACAACCAGAACCACCAAAACCAGUAGUACCUGUAAGAAGUUCACCACUUUUACGAAGAGGUCCAAGUGUACGAGCAAUUGGAAAGCAAGCACCAGCUGCAACAAGUACCACUACAACAACAACGCAAAAGCCAGAAGCAGCAGCUGGUGAUGAUUAUGAAUAUGAAGAUGAACAAGAAGGUCAAGAAACACCUGUUGUAACAACUACGACAGAGGCUCCGAAAAAAGGAAUUCGUACGGGUGUUGUUCGUCCAUUCAGAAGUAAUGAUGAUUUAUUGGCAGCACUUAAAAGACGUCGCCAGCAAUCCUCAAAUGACAAAUCUCAAAUUAAACAACAAUCAGCACCCGUGGAACAAUACGAAGAUGCACCAGUAAUUAAAAAAACUUCUCAAGCUACCAAAGCAAAUGCAGCUGGUCGUAAACGGUAUAAUAAUUCAAGGCCAGCACAGCCACAACCUGAAGAACAAGAGAAAGAAGAAACACCUUCAGAUUCCACGCCACGAACAGCAAGAGGACGUUUUACUGGUAGGCCAUCAUCAAGAUUACAACGACAAAUUGAUAGUGAAAGUCAAGGUUCUGAAACUAGUCAACAAGUAGCAAUAACAAAUCCAAGAAGUUACCGGCCAAGAAGUAGACAAUAAAUAAAAUAAACAAAUUUAUAGUUAUUAUGUUUUUAGUCCGGGGCAUAAACGAAAACCGUAAGAGCAGAGUGAUAUAAGACCAAUUUAUUGAUGUACUACGUCAUUUUAUUAGUUACUUAUUGUGUGCAAGAAAAAGUAGAAAAUGGUUUUUUCAACAUCAAAAAUAAUAUUAGCGA